UUUUUCUUUGGAUUUUUACAGACACAGACACAUAUAUACAGAAACUGUGAUGGACUUUGUAUUUGACAUGCUGAACUGAAUCUAGAUAACCAGUCUAAACUCUAGAACUGGACUCCGCACUUCCACCUGAGCACAACCUAGGUGUCCUGACCCAACACCCUGGGAGAGCGAUUUUUGCCACACUUUCGCACGGAUACCAUUGCUAUGACUGAGUGUGCAACAAUCAACAGAUUAGUUGAGGGCGAUUAUAUUGGGGACACAUACCUGACACAGAUUUAACAUUCAUACGCACACAAAUCCAUCAUCUUUCUCACUUGAGAGAUGCACAAACAUUCCAUGCAGACACAAAAACAUAUCGCCUUGCGGGAUUACCUCGCCCGUGAGUUCUGCAGCGGUGAUGGGCUGGGCAGAGGAGUGGAGCACGACGUGGAGACUCCUCAUGGAAGAAUCCACUGUACAAUGAAGGGGGUUCCCAAGGGGGACAGACCAGUCAUCCUUACCUUUCACGACGUCGGACUGAACAACAAAACCUGCUGGAACACGCUCUUCAACCAUGAGGACAUGUCGGAGAUCAUGCAGCACUUUGCCGUGUGUCACGUUGAUGCCCCCGGGCAGCACGAGGGAGCUAACACUUUUUCCACUGGAUAUGAGUACCCUUCUAUGGACCAACUCUCUGAGACACUCCCACUGGUGCUGAAGCAGUUUGGGCUGAAGAGUGUUAUUGGAAUGGGCAUUGGGGCUGGGGCCUACAUUCUGACCAGAUUCGCUCUGGACUACCCGACCAUGGUGGAGGGCCUGUUGCUCAUCAACAUCAACCCGUGCGCUGAGGGAUGGAUGGACUGGGCUGCGCACAAGAUCAGUGGCUGGACUCACGCCAUGCCUGACAUGAUCAUCACCCACCUGUUUGGAAAGGAAGAGAUCCACAACAACCAUGACCUGAUUGCAACAUACCGCCAUCACAUCCUAAAUGACAUGAACCAAUUUAACCUGCAUCUCUUUGUCAAGGCCUACGAAAGUCGGAGGGAUCUGGAAAUUGAGAGGCCGGUCCCUGGGAGCAAUGUCGUAACCCUCAAGUGCCCUUCACUGCUCGUGGUUGGCGACAGCUCUCCUGCUGUGGAGGCUGUGGUUGAGUGCAACACCAAGCUGGACCCAACAAAGACUACUUUGCUUAAGAUGGCUGACUGCGGUGGCAUGCCCCAGGUUGACCAGCCAGCAAAACUGACAGAAGCUUUCAAGUACUUCAUUCAGGGCAUGGGAUACAUGCCAUCUGCCAGCAUGACCCGCCUGGUCCGCUCCCGCACCGCCUCCGGCUCCAGCGUCACCUCCUUUGAGGGCAACCGCUCCCGCUCCCACACCAGCGAGGGAAACCGCUCCCGCUCGCACACCAACGAGGGCAGCCGCAGCCGCAGCCACACGGCCGAGAACCAGCGCGGCCGCUCCCACACGGCGGGCUCCAUGGACGGCGUGGACCAAGCCGUGCCCAAGUCCACCCAGGUGUCCUGCUAAGUGAACCUCCGCUCUCUGGACACGCAAUCUCCUCAAGGUCCCUUCGGUUCGUGCUGCGCUGCCCCUGUCUGACACACACAUUGCGACAUACACCCCUUUUUUUUGCCAGAGGGACACUAAGGUAGCGUACCCGGAAUUGUAAAACUCACAAUGGACACUCGCCUGCAGAGAUUUCAGUGCAGCUGAGAUGCCCCAAUUUGAAAAUAUGAUGUCAUGAGUAGGAGGUCAAAGAUCAACGGUAUGCCUGUUUUGUCAUUCUGAAGGGACUCAAACGUAUCGUAAAAGUAAAUGCUUUUGAGCUCCUCCAUCAGGUGAGUGUGACGUUAGGGGCAACGCAGCAUCUGGGAACACCAAAGCAGAGAAUGCCAGAGAAAGCUGUGGCUCGGAGUACACCAGCUUGUACAUGUAUCGCUCAUAAUCUCUCAUACAUUUUUAAAAAAUGUUUUAAUUUCCAUUUCUUCAUCUUGUUUUUUUCCAUUUUUACCAUAUUGACACAGCUUUCUCAAAUAUACCUGACUGUAAAUGACUGUUUUCUGUUCUGACUGUAAUUGUUUGAUCAUUUAUUCUGUUAUUGUAUACGUCUGAAGUGUUUGUCGUUGGUACGUAGGAGCAGAUUUGUAGAUGUAGAGAGAGAAAGGGGAGGCACAAAAAAAAUGGCAGGUUGCUGCUCAAAUUGCAAGUGUAACUUUGAAAAAUAAAGAGACAGACUUCAAGUAUAGCAUCAUCUGUUAUUUCACCAAAUUUGUAGAAGUUACACAUCUGUCAUGAGACUGUAAACUUUGCCAUCAAUCAAAAACACUCUCCCAAACACAAAUUCAAAAGCUUUAUUACUGGACCAUGGCCUCAACAACAACAAAAAAAGUUUUGCUUCCUCUUUUUUAUAAUGAUUUCUAUGCAAUCAAUCACAAUGGAACAAAGAUGUGCCAUGGAAUUGUUCAUUUCUUAGAGGAGAUGCUCCUAUGUGGUGGUGGAUUUUUGGGUGAGUGAAGUGAUAGGUCCACAUGUUAACAUGAGGACAGCCAUAGAACUUACCUGACACCUACUCCUGUAUUUUACUUGCACUACAGCAACAUUUUGCUUGGUAGAACACAUACACUCACAGCUCUGUAAAGCUGCGAUGCACAACUGUCUAAUGCUCUAGAAAAGCAUUAAAAUGACGUAACAGUUUGUAUUUAUUUAAAAAAAAAGACAAUAAAAACCUUGUAACGGA